AUGCACGAACGUUGGAAACGAGGUGGACGUGCAUCUUGGAGAAGCCAAGCACGUCCUGCAGUGCGGGACGGGAUGGAUCCGUUGGAAAGAGACGGUGAUAUAGAAAUGACCGACGAAGCAGGCGGAUUACGAGAGAGAUUUACUCCAUAUAGAACACAGGGACGUGCAAAAAAACUGUUUAAAGAGCGUUUUCGUGAAAGUCCAACAGAAAUAGUGAUCACAGGACAUGAAGGGGCGAGUCAGGAGGAGCUGGUGUCGUUUAUUUCUCGAAAAUCACAAGUGUUAAUUACGGAUUUACGUAGUGAAGGAUCUGUUUUGUACGCACAUGUUCCAUCAGGAUCGAGCAUUCGUAGUCUUCUUAAGCUUUCAGGGACUCGAUUUGCGGGGAAAAAUCUUUGUAUAUCUAUAUCCAAUGCGUCCAAGGACCAUCCUAUGCCUAUGGUGUCGGGGCAUAUGUCUUUGUCAGCAAGCAAAGAGUCUACUAUGAAUAUUUUGCGGAGGUUUCUUUCAAGUAGAUAUUCACAUGAGACAAAAAUGCUUGAUUUGUCAUCUGUACAUUCGGAUCCAGCGCUUGUUGAAGCUGGUAUGUUUUCUUCUACGGCAACUUCUCUUAAAAUGUUUCCUGCUUUAAUGAAAAUAGCUGAGCGUGAAUUUCCAAAUGUUAUAAGUGUCAAUUUAUCGUCUAAUAAAAUAUCUUCACUCUUUAAUAUAUCUAUAUUGGCUCAAAUAUAUCCUAAUCUUAAAAAUCUUAACUUGGCUGAUAAUUUAUUGAAACAUUAUAAAGAUCUAGAUGUUUGGUCUCAUAAAAAUAAAUUUCCAAAUUUGCAAGAACUUAUAUUAAUUGGAAAUGGUGUUCGAGAAAAUGAGGUUAAAAAAGGUAAUGAAGUUAAUUAUCGUUCAGAAAUUACAAGACGAUUUCCAAACUUAAAAUUACUUGAUAUGGUCCCAGUAACACAAGCCAUUGAAUUUGAUAUUAAGGAUUCUGCGAUUGAUAAUUCCGGAAAAGUUGCACUACUUGAAAGAAUAUGUAGUAGUUUUUUUGAUUCCGAUCUUACUAGAAAUACGGUGAUGAGUUUCUUAGAAAAAUAUUUCUCUUUAUAUGAUAAUGAUAGAUCAAAUACUGUUUCAAUGUAUGAUCAAAAUGCUUUGUUUUCUAUAUCUAUAAAUACUAUUGCCCCAAGAAAAAGAGAAAAAGGAGUAUUUUCAUAUGGAGCUUCUCAAUUUUCACAAUACAUUUCCAUGAGUAGAAAUCUUUUGCGAUUAGGAACAUUAGAAGCAAGAAUAGCAAAACUUAAUGUCGGUCGUACUAAUAUUUCUCAAGUUCUUUCUGCACUUCCAAAAACUCGGCAUAAUUUUACAGAUUCAAAUUUAUAUUGUGUUGAUGCAUGGUCACUUAAAGGUGUUUUAUCUGCAGAUUCUGAUCCAAAUGGAUUAGUUGGCAUACAAAUUAUACUACAUGGAGAAUUUUUUGAGUUAGGAAGUAGACGAGAGAUUAAGAGAUCAUAUGAUAGAACUUUUAUUAUUGGGCCUAAUAAUGGAAAUAUUACUAUUCGGAGUGACAUACUAGUUAUUCGGGCUUAUGGUGGUAAUGAUAAUUUUCAUAUAAAUAAGCAAAAUGUGCCGCUUUCUUCAUCCAAUAUUUUUCAAGAACAACAAAAACAAUAUAUGUUAGCAGAAAUUUCCAAAAAAACAGGACUUAACCAACAGUUUUCUUUGAUGUGUUUAGAACAAAAUGAGUGGGAUAUGGAAAAAGCUAUAAAUAAUUUUAAUAUUUUGAAAAACAAAGGUGUUAUACCUUUAGAAGCAUUUAAAUAA